UCAAAUACCGAAAUUAAUACGCAUAUAUUUCUCAUCUGACAUUAGUAUCAAAUUACCUACGACGCUAGUACCACAAUGCCGCCCACUAAACCUCAAUUCCAAAAGUUUAAAGAUGAUCAAAUUAAGAAGCCGCUGAAGCGCUUGAAUAACACAAACCCCAAGCCGAAUAGAAAUAAUUACGCGCAGAAACUGGCAAUUUUAAUAAAACGCCGAGCAUUUAAUACACCAUACAAGGGCGCAUUAAUUGCAGCCGGUUCCAAGCGAAAAUUGGACUUUCAGCGUGGGAAAAACCAACAGACAGAACAGCCUCUACCAAAACCAAAGUUUUAUCGUAACAAUCAGGCGACGGGCUCAAUGAAAUUGGAGGAGGAGGAGGAGGAGGAGGAGGAGGAGGAGGAGCAGGUGGAGGAGAUUAUUGAAGAGAUUGAGAGUAGCGAUGAGGAUGAUUGCAUUGUAUUGGAACCGAAUGUGGCUAAAAUCAACAUUGACGAUGAUUCAGAGGAUGAGACGAUGAACAAGGAGCCAGCAAACAGCAAUGCAAUGUAUGAUGAUAAUCCGACAUUCAGUCGCUUUGAGGUGGAUAGGAAGCGAGAAAUUCGCUUGUGGGAAAGUUUUUCAAAUAGCUCAAGCCAUCCGGCAGCGUAUCCCGUAAAGAGCGCUAGUCCAGCAACAAACAAUGAUACUUGCAUUAUAAUUGAUGAUAGCUUUGAUAAUUUGAACAGGAAUCAUAGUCCUGUUUGCAUUAUUGAUGAUCGCCGAGAUGCUGCGGUGGCCAGCGUAAAGAAGCCGCCGACGAUAAAGCCAGAUAAUACAUUAGAUGAUAGUGUAAUAUUUGUUCAAGAAGACUUUAUACCUCUGUCCAACGACAGAUGCGACGAUGGCAAUGGCUCAAAGAGGAAACGUCAUUUGAAAUCUAAGGAAGAUGGUUCUAAAUUGAACAAAACACCAAGGAUGACCACACAGCGUAUGAACGAGAGUCUCUUUACCACAACGGAACGCAAAAAACUGGCCGAUUAUAAUAGCAACACAUAUAAUCCAGGCAUGGAAAUGAACGGGCCCGUCUCCCAUAAGCGACCCAUCAUCAUCGAUGGCAGCAAUGUGGCCUUUGGCCAUGGUUGUUCCAACAUAUUCUCUGCGGAGGGCAUCAAAUAUUGUGUGGAGUACUUCCAAAAGAUGGGACACGAUGUCAAGGCUGUCAUACCAUUGUUUCGUCGCAAUCCCAACAAAUCUUCCAAUCCGGCGCUGCUCGAUCAAUUGCACAAGGAGGGCAAAAUUGUGUUUACACCCUGUAAAAAUCUGCCCAACCAACAGAGCAUCAGCUACGAUGAUCGCUUUAUACUACAAUUGGCGUAUGAACGCAAUGCAGCGGUCGUUUCCAAUGAUAAUUAUCGAGAUCUAAUAACUGAAAAUGUGGCAUUCAAAAAGAUAAUUGAGAAUCGAGUGAUUGGCUAUUCAUGGUGCGAUAAUAUACUUAUACUACCCAAGGAUCCCUACGGUAGAUUUGGGCCACCGUUGGCUGAAAUUUUACGUUGUUAGAGUUGAAAGAGUUUUUGUUUAUCGUUAAAUUUAGUGUAUUAUAAUUUGUAUCAAAUUAAAUAUAAGAUAGUACUUA